AUGAGUGACUGCUGCUGCUCCCCUUGCUGCCAGCCCACCUGCUGCCAGCCCACCGGCUGCAGGACCACCUGCUGCAGGACCACCUGCUGGAAACCAGCCUGUGUGACCUGCUCCUGCACACCCUGCUGCCAGCCCAGCUGCUGUGGCUCCAGCUGUGGCUCCAGCUGCUGCCAGCCCUGCUGCCAAACCACCUGCUGCAGGACCACCUUCAAGCCCACCUGUGUGACCAGCUGCUGCCGCACACCCUGCUGCCAGCCCUGCUGCUGUGUGUCCAGCUGCUGCCAGCCUUGCUGCCAGCCCAGCUGCUGUGGGUCUAGCGGCUGUGGGUCCAGUGGCUGUGGGUCCAGCUGCUGCCAGCCAGUUUGCUCUGGACCCGUGUACUGCACAAGGAGAUGCUACCACCCCACCUGUGUCUGCCUGCCUGGUUGCCUAGGCCAGGGCUAUGGAUCCAGCUGCUGCCAGUCUUGCAGUUGUUGA